CUAGAUACUUCUUGCCUGCCACUGCCGGCAGUCGCAUUACAUCGGUCGUAGUCAUCGUCGUCGUAGUCGUCGUCUUCUGGGUCGCGUGUGGAGUCUCUAUUUCUAUAGACUCAUCAUAAAAGCGUUAACUUCAACGCCUCCGUCUUUUUUUUAUUCGAAUUCAAAGUGAAAUCAAUUUUCUAGGAGCAUAAAAAGUGUCAAUUAAUUAAAAGAUAAAAGCAAAACAUGGCUAAGUUUAUAGCUUUAGCCUGUCUAGUACAAGUUGUACUAGGAUCAACUUACAAUCACUACAAAUUGCCUGAAUCCAUUCGACCAGAACACUACACCUUGGAGAUCAUUACUCAUCUGGAGAACCCAGAAGAUUUACGAUUCGAAGGAAUAUCUGCCAUUACCUUCAACGUCCUCGAGGACACAACCAACAUAACUUUGCACGCAAGCAACCUCACCAUAAACCAGAGUCGGAUUCUGAUCUCGAGAGAUGGCAAUAACGUAAACUGCAUUAAGGACGUCGAAGUGAAUACCAAACAGGAAUACUACAUAAUGAACUUGUGUGAGCCCCUGACCAAGGGCAACAAGUACAUGAUAGUGAUGCCAUUUAGUGCUAUUUUAAACAAAAACCUCCAUGGUUACUAUAGGAGUAGCUAUAUUGACAAAGCCACAAAUGAAAAGAGAUGGCUAUCAAUUACACAAUUUGAACCGACUUCAGCUCGGUUGGCGUUUCCAUGCUUCGAUGAGCCAGAAAUGAAAGCUAAUUUUUCAAUUAGUUUAGGUCAUGAAGAGAAAUACUCUGCCAUUAGUAAUAUGCCAUUGAAUGAAACUGCGGAAAUGAAAAAUCACCCUGGUUGGGUGUGGAGCAAAUUCCAAGAAUCAGUUCCAAUGUCCACCUAUUUGGUGGCCUAUUCCAUAAAUGAUUUCAAAUACGAGGAAUCUAUGGUGAACCUGAAGAACGAUGUUCUUUUCAGAACAUGGGCUCGAAAAGACGCUAUAUCUCAGGUAAGCUACGCUGCCGAAGUUGGACCACGAGUACUUGAGUACUAUGAGGAUAUUUUCGACAUAAAAUUCCCAUUGCCAAAAAUCGAUGAAAUAGCCAUUCCGGAUUUCUCUUCCGGAGCUAUGGAAAACUGGGGCUUAGUUACAUAUCGCGAAACAGCUUUGCUCUAUGAGAAAAAUGUUUCAUCGGCAAGCAGCAAGCAUCGUAUAGCAUCUGUGAUUUCUCACGAACUGGCCCAUCAGUGGUUUGGAAAUUUGGUCACAAUGAGAUGGUGGACUGAUUUGUGGCUGAAUGAGGGAUUUGCAACAUACGUAGCCAGUUUGGGAGUUGAACAUUUACACCCAGAGUGGUCUUCAUUGACGGAGGAGUCUGUCGAUAAUACUUUGCACAUUUUCAAAAUUGAUGCUCUCAAGAGCAGUCACCCGGUAUCAACAACCAUUGGAGAUGCAAGUGAAAUCUACCAGAUCUUUGAUUCGAUUUCCUAUGAAAAGGGAUCCUGUGUUAUCCGAAUGAUGCAUCUAUUUAUGGGUGACGAUACCUUCCGUAGGGGAAUAUCGAACUAUUUGAAGGAGCAUUCCUAUGGAAACGCUGAGCAGGAUAAUCUUUGGGCAGCUCUGACUGACAGUGCUCACAAGACUAAAACAAUCCCCGAAGAUUUUAGUAUCAAAAAGAUCAUGGACUCAUGGACACUCCAAACUGGAUAUCCAGUGAUUACUGUCACGAGGAAUUAUGAAAAUGGAACAGCAGCGAUUUCACAGACACGGUAUCUUCUGGACACUCAAACGUUACGCAGUAGCUAUGAGAAUUGUUGGUGGGUUCCUCUUAGUUAUACAUCACAGUCGGAGCUAGAUUUCGAAACAAAAACUCCUAAGGAAUGGUUAGAGUGCGAGGAUAAGGCACCCAUUCCCAAGACCAUCGAGAAUAUGCCUGGACCCGAUGACUGGGUGAUUUUCAAUAUUCAACUUGCUGGACUGUAUCGUGUCAAGUAUGAUGCCAAGAACUGGGAUAUGCUCAUUGAGACCCUGAUGAGCCCUGAUUUUGAAAAAAUCCACGCCAUGAACCGAGCUCAAAUGAUCGAUGAUGCUCUUGACCUGGCUUGGGCAGGUGACCAGGACUACGAUAUAGCUAUGAGAUUGGUUGAGUACUUGGCCCAAGAACGAGACUACAUUCCAUGGAAAUCAGCAAUGGACAAUCUUAGUGGGGUCAACAAAAUCCUCCGUCAAAGUCCAGAGUACGAAUAUUUCAAGAAAUACAUGCAAAAAAUCCUCGAACCUAUUUACGAACAUUUGAAUGGCCUAAACACUACAGACGUGUCUUCGGAUCGUCUGGAUGCUAUCAAGCACAAAGUACUGAUUGCGGCAUGGGCUUGCAAGUUUGAAGUUAACGACUGUAUUCCUCGUGCCCAGGAUUACUUCGCCAAAUGGCAAAGUACCGAGAACCCAGAUGAAAACAACCCAGUUCCAUUAGAUCUCCGUUCAGUGGUUUAUUGUACAUCAAUUCGUAAUGGCAAAGAAGAAGAAUGGGAAUUCCUGUGGCAACGAUACAAGAACUCGAAUGUUGCUUCCGAAAAACAGACCAUCCUCUCUUCUCUGGGAUGUUCUCGAGAACCGAAAAUCUUGGAGAAAUACCUACAAACAGCCUUCAAUGAGGAUUCCGAUAUUAAGAAACAAGAUUCGUAUGUUGCAUUUGGUUCGGUGGCACGUGGAGAAAUUGGUUUUCCUUUGGCCAGGGACUUCCUUAUUAAAAACAUCGAUAUGAUUUAUAAUUAUUACAAUCCAGAGACAAACAGAUUAGGAAGAUUGUUUGGACCAGUGGCUUCACAAAUGAGCACAGAUGGAGAAUUCCUUGCAAUGAAGGAAUUUGCUGAUGCAAAUAAGGCUCUAUUAACUAAGGCUUCACAAUCAGUUAGCCGCUCUCUUGAACAAAUCGAAAUCAAUGCCCAAUGGCGUUCGAAGAACUUCCGGAAGCUAUCAGAAAAGCUUAAGACCUAUGAAAAGAAAGUCUAAUGCCAGAGGAUUUAAUUACUAAGCAUAGAUUAUUUUAUACCUAUUUUUAUAUUAAAAAACGAAAUUCUAUUUGUACUUAAAUUUUGAAAAGGCAACACAAAAAGGUUUAUUAAUUAUAUAAAAUCAAUAUUUAUUUUUUAAAAAUACAAAAUUCUUUAAUUUCA